CGCGUCUUCUCCCCUCCCCUCAGCGGCGUUGCUUGUGCGACCGAUGAGGGGAGGCAAAAUGGCGGCCGGCGGUGGCGGCAAGGCCUCCUCCUCCUCCUCUUCGUCGUCGUCCUCUUCGUCCUCGUCUUCCUCCUCCUCCUCGGCGGCAGCAGCGGCGCCUUCUUCCUCCUCCUCCGCCUCGUCGUCGUCGCUGGAGGCCUCGCUGGACAGGAAGCUGCAGGCCGUGACCAACACCAUGGAGUCCAUCCAGGGCCUGUCGUCGUGGUGCCUGGAGAACAAGCGCCACCACCACGCCAUCGUCCGGCACUGGAUCCAGAACCUGCGACGAGCCAAUGUCCAGCAUCGGCUGAACCUCUUCUACCUGGCCAACGACGUCAUACAGAACUGCAAAAGAAAAAACGCCAUAAUCUUUCGCGACACCUUUGCCGAAGUGCUCCCAGAAGCCGCUGUGUUGGUGAAAGAUCCAUCAAUCUCCAAAUCUGUCGAAAGGAUUUUCAAAAUCUGGGAGGACAGAAAUGUGUAUCCAGAGGAAACCAUUGUGGUACUAAAAGAAGCUUUAAGUUCCUCUUUCAAAUCUCAGAAGCAGCAGAAAGAAACUCAGAGCAAACAACCAACUAAGUCAUGGAAGAAAUCUCAAACCUCGACGAAUCCGAAAGCGGCCCUGAAGUCGAAGAUAGUUGCAGAGUUUCGACCGCAGUCCCUCGUCGACGAACUCCUGUUUCACAAGCGCUCCGAGGACCAGAUCGAGUUGAAGGAGAAGCAGCUUGCCACCAUGCGGGUGGACGUUUGCAGCACCGAGACACUGAAAUGCCUGAAAGACAAAACCGGGGGCAAGAAGUUCUCCAAGGAAUUUGAAGAGGCGAGCGCCAAGCUUGAAGAGUUCGUCAACAGCCUGGACAAGCAGGUGAAGAACGGCCCUUCCCUGACGGAGGUGCUUGAAAACGCGGGGAUCUUCUACGAAGCGCAGUACAAAGAAGUCAAGGUGGUGGCAAACGCCUACAAAACAUUUGCUAACCGAGUGAACAACCUGAAGAAGAAACUGGAUCAGCUGAAGGCGACGCUUCCGGAUCCUGAAGAGUCGCCCGUUCCCUCGCCCAGCAUGGACGCUCCCUCCCCGACGGGCUCGGAGUCUCCCUUCCCGGGGAUGGGGGACGAGGAGCUCUCGCCCGUGCCAAGAGAGGCCGAGGGGGCCAAAUCCCCGUCUCCGGAGCCUGCAACUGACAAUCGUGACGUGGAGGACAUGGAGCUGUCGGAUGUGGAGGAGGAUGCCCCAAAGAUUAUUGUCGAAGAAAGAAAGGAAAAACCCACGGUUUCAACACCAGAGCCUGUAAAGGUGGCCGAAAGCAUCCCAAAGACACCGCCUCCAACGACUGUUGCGGCUGCAGUGGCUCCGCCCCCGGCGCCUGUAACUCCCACCCCUUUGGCUCCAACCCCGACACCCUUGCCGACCCCCAAGCCAACGAACCCGGUGACCCCACUCCCACCGUCGCCGGCCCUCGCCUUGCCAAACCUGGCCAAUGUGGAUUUGGCCAAAAUCAGCUCCAUUCUUAGCAGCUUGACAUCUGUGAUGAAGAACACCGGUGUCAGUCCUGCCUCAAGGCCCUCUCCCGGGACCCCAACAAGCCCAACGACUCUGGCGAGCGGCACCAAGGCCCCGGCUUCGGGCGCUCUGCCCAUGACACCAGGAAAUCCUUUGGCGAACAUCUUCUCCAAGGUGGAGAUCACCCCAGAAAGCAUCCUGUCUGUGCUGUCCAAGUCCCAGUCCCAAUCCUCCUCGGGUUUGCAAGGUUUGUCCUCUUUCCUCCAGAGUGUGGCUGGGAAUACAUCCCAGCCCAGUGAAGCGGCGUCGCAAAGUACCUCCUCAUCGCCUGCCAACACGACAGCUCCUGCAGGGAAAGGCCGAAGCAUUUCUUCCAACGCUCCCUCUUUCAUGCCUCAGGCCUUUGGGUAUUCUCCAAAUUCUUCUUCUUCUGCUGAAGUGUCUUCCACGUCGGUGAACAAGGUUCCCACUGGACAUGGGGCCGCGCUUCCAACUCCCAGUUUUAAGCCUCCGAGCAAUUCUAUUGGGUUUUCCGGCCCGCAGGCUAGCAGUCCUGCCCUACACCCAGUCGAGCCCCCCACAAAUCAGUCCUCCGAGAUCUCGGAGACAAAAGCAGAGUCGGAGCCGACUUCGCCCAGCCUGGAAAUGAAGAUACACAACUUUCUGAAGGGGAACCCGGGUUUCAGUGGCUUGAAUCUCAACAUCCCAAUUCUGAGCAGCUUGGGGUCCAGCGUGCCGCCCGAAAGCCAAUCUUCCUCGUCCGAUUUCAACCGCGGGGGGCCCACCAGCACCUCGAUGGACAGCAUAGACGGGACACCGGUUCGUGACGAACGGAGCGGGACGCCCACCCAAGACGAGAUGAUGGACAAGCCCUCCUCGAGCAACGUUGACACCAUGUCGCUGCUCUCGAAGAUCAUCAGCCCCGGCUCUUCGACCCCCAGCAGCACCAGGUCGCCGCUUCAGAGCCGGGACGACGGCUAUUCCCAAGAGCUCUCGAAUUCGGUGUUCCGGUCUUUUGGUCUGGGUCGGGAUUCCCCAGGAUUGUAUAAGCAGCCCUCUGAUGGCAUUGAAUUGCCUUCUUCCUUAAUGGAUUCCCCUCAGGAGAAGUUCUACCCGGACACCUCCUUCCAAGAAGACGAAGACUACCGUGACUUUGACUAUUCUGUCCCCCCACCGUCUGGUCUCAUGAACUUGGAGAAACCGCCACCCAAAUCCAUCCUGAAAUCGAAUAAGCUCUCUGACUCUUCAGAGUACCAACCUGUUAUGUCGAGUUACAACCCGAGAUCCUCCGGCUUUGGCUUGAAGUCCACUUUCCCCCAAACUAUGCGAUCUCUUCAUGACCAGAGCGAGAGCUGUGACUUGUUGUCCCCUCCGGGAAUGUACAGCAACUACAGUUUGCAAGGGAACGACUCCGGGCCGGACGCGUCGCCCACGCCAAGCAAGAAUGAUGUCUUCUUCCCACCGGAUUCCAAUCACAACAGCUUAUCCAAAUCCAUGUCGCUGUCAGGCCUGUCUCAGAAGCAGUAUCCAGAUUCUCCUCAUUUGGUCCAACACCGAUCGCUGUUCUCUCCCCAAAAUGCCCUCGGGACGCCAGCCAACAGACUCGCUGCAACCAACGUGGAUAAUCUCCCCGCGGCUUCCAUCUCUGCCACUUCGACCAUCGAGUUCAAGAACAUGCUUAAGAACGCCUCCCGCAAGCCCUCCGAUGAGAACAAGCAAUUUGGCCCAAACAGUUCCAAAGGAAGUUCCAGUGAUGUUGCCGCUGUCGGGAUUUCUGCAGGAGACCGGCAGAAGCAGCAAGAGGAGCACUACCGGAUCGAGACCCGGGUAUCCUCGUCCUGCUUAGACUUACCAGAUAGCACCGAGGAGAAGGGAGCUCCCAUAGAGACGCUGGGUUACCACAACGCCUCCAACCGGGGUAUGUCCGGGGAACCCAUCCAGACCGUUGAGUCCAUCAGAGUCCUUGGGAAGGGGAACCGGGGCCACGGGCGAGAGACCAACCGAGCCGGGUGGUUUGAGUUGACCAGUCCGGGGAGCAACUUCGACAACGGCCCUUCGAGCGCCACAGAAAUGCCCACCGUGGGUCCUGGCGCUGGCAGCAGUGGCAUUGUGUCGUCUUUUCAGAACCAGUACAAGGAGCGGGUGGCCUCCUUCCAGGAGAACGUCAACAGCUUCCGCACUGGUAGCUUUGGCCCUGCUUUCGACCGCCACGUCCCACCUCCCCCUAUAGAGCGCGGAGGGGCUCCUUUCCCACGGGACCAAAUAGGGCCACCCCCAACUGGGCCUCAACCGCUCCCGCCGAAGGAUCUGGGCGGCCUUUUCCCUCGGGAUCGCUCAGUCCCGCCGCCGCGUAUGCCGACGGCAGAUCACCCUGGGCCCUUCCCAAAGGACCCACCUUCAACCCCCUUGGCCUUGCCUCGCGGGGUGCCCCCUCCUCCCCCGCCUUCCUUAGAACUGCCCGGGGUGCCCUUCCCCACCCAGCCGCCCCCUCCUCUCCCUGGAGAGCGUGGCGGCUUGCCUUUCUCCAGCCCCCCGCCACCUCCCGGGAGUGACCUGAGCCGCCCGUUUCCGGCCCCUUCCCUGGCCUCGGAGCACGGGCCCGUCGGCCUCCAAGGAACGGUCAAAGAGCGCUUUAGCAUUCCGCCGGGAGGGCCCCGGGACCAAGGCGCCCAACGGGACCCACCCCUGGGCCGACCCCGCGACGGCGUGGGCCUGGGCGCCCUCUCGAGAGAUCCGCUCGGGGUGGCGGCCGCCCUUUCAAUCGCCUCUUCUCUGCCCGCUCACCGGGACGCCGCAAACCGAGGGGGGCUGGGGAUGCGGAACCAGAGGCCCGACUUCCGCCCCCGGGAGCUGUUCCUAAACAGAGACCCCUUUAACAGCUUAAAAAGGCCUCGGCCCCCUUUCGCCAGGGGACCCCCCUUCUUCUCACCCAAACGCCCCUUCUUCCCGCCCAGGUACUGAACGCAUUUGAAGGUGUGCCGGAACUUUUCUAGAGAGCAGUGGAAGCGGUACUUUCACCAUUUUUUUUUUAAAAAAAUGUCCCCUAAAGAGGGGGGGAGGCCCACAACUCUUUUUUGUUGCCGAUUAAGGUAUGUUCAAUACUACCAUUUCGUUCUACUUUUUUUUUGGUUUGUUUUCCCAUUUUGGUUCUGCUGAUUCCUUGAGCUUUUUUCCUUUUUUGUUUCUAACCAUUGACGUAAACAUAAGCAGAAGUUACAAAAAACAGAGGUCUUUGGGGAGGGGGGUAAGGAAGAGAGGGAAAUGUAAAAACGAAUCCUACAUUGACCUCUGACCUUCGGUAGUGAUAGUAAGGCAUCCAAACAAGGGAUGAGUGACAUAUGCCAGCUUUGGGACUCUCCUGGAAAAGCAGAGGGAGGUAGGAAAGGAUGGCAGAUUUGGAGGUAUUUGGAUUAAGUCUUCCUUUCAUACUGUUAGUUCCUGUAUUUAAAGCCUCCGUCCCAUUUUCUUUUCUGGUCAUCAGUGACUUUAUUUUCUUUUUUCAGCGGCGUAUGUGCUCCUUUCUUCUCUGACACCUUUUGUGUCCAUCUCACGUCUUGAGUCAGUCAUAGAAUAUGGUGCAUUUGCUGUCCGUAUCUCUCCUAAUCCUCCCAAACUUGAGUUUGUGGCAGAUUGGGGACUCCAGGGCAGAGUACAGAUGGUUAGUGAGCUAUUUCCCCAUCAGUUGUGGCUUCUCUGAUGUCGCAAAUGAGAAAGAGACGCCUGUAGAGUCAUGAGGGAAGCGGGAUCCUUUCCCUCCGUGAUCCCUCCCUUCCAAAGCCAGCUAGGUAUCGCCCACCCAGAAUCAAAGGGCUUUUUUGUCACCAGAAAUAUACAUAAUUGAUGGCUACAGACGGGCUAGAUUUGUCUCGCAGAGCAGUCUUAAAUUGGGAGUUUGCUGUCUCCAACCAUCCAUCUCUUACGACCUUUGAGAACAAAUACAAGGUAGUAUUUGCUGGUCGGAAACCUGUCCUGAGUUGCCCUUCAAAAACAGCCUUUUAGACAACGUUGAAAGUAAAAGGAAACACAAAGGAUUAGCAAAUGCCGUUGAAAAAUACAAAAAACAAAACAAGGAAGUCUUAAUCCAGACACAAAUUAAAGUCUCUUGCAAAGUCCCAAAAGAAACACCAGUCUUCCAUGAUGACAGGCAAUGAACUAAGUCCUUAGCAACAGACCUAAAGCAGAUUCCAUUGGAGUGAAAACAUCAGUAUCAGGGUAGUUGUUACCAGCAAAAGCUGACUUCUGCUGCCUCUGAUGUAUAGCCCACGCAGGAGGUGCUAGGGAGUCUCCCGAUUAGUUCAGCGUUUUUAGCAGCUAUUUUAGAUGAACGCCGUCUGUGCUCUGUCUCUUUUCGUCUUCCUAGAAAUGUGGGCACUUGCAAACCCUCAUCGUCUGAUUCUUCUCCCUCCAAUUCCUGAGCACUUUCUUUCUCCUUCCUUCUCGCAGGAGGUGCUAGGGAGUCUCCCAAUUAGCUCAGCGUUUUUAGCAGCUAUUCUAGAUUAACGGCGUCUGUGCUCUGUCUCUUUUCGUCUUCCUAGAAAUGUGGGCACUUGCAAACCCUCAUCGUCUGAUCCUUCUUCUCCCUCCAAUUCCUGAGCACUUCCCUUCUCCUCUUCCAAAGAUGACAAAUCCCUAACAGAAACGCUCCCCAGGAAACCUGAUUUAGUUCUCAUCUAUGGCAGCUUCCUGCCUUCACGGCUCUCAGUUUGAAUCUUGUCAAUGCAAUAGGUUGUGACUUCAACCACUUUGGAUUCGGCUGUCCUUUCCUAGAAACACCGAGAGUGAAUAGAUUGGGAGUUUGCAGUAUCCAACCAUCCAUCUCUUGUUAUGUUUGAGAAGGGAACAAAUGCAAGAGUCGGAAACGCUCCCCAGGAAACCUGAUUUAGUUCUCAUCUAUGGCACCUUCCUGCCUUCACGGCACUCUAUUUGAGUCUUUUUCCCUUCUUGGUUCGAUUCAGAUGGCAUGAGCUCCACAUUCUCAAAAUACGAGUCCCUCUUUGCCGCUUUCCAUUUCAGCAAAGUUACCAACCAUUCAUAAUCGGAGGAAAGAGGGGAGGCCUUCACUUAAGGAUAUAACUAGACGAACUAGAUCUCCCAUCCUUCCCAGCUUUUCUAAUCUUAGUCCAUCAGGAGAGAGAGGCAGUGGCAGGAUAAGGGAGGGAAGGCAUUUGCUUGAGGGCAUUUGGGAACUUGGCUUUUCUAAAAGAGGCUGCUCCUCAUCGUUGGACUACAUCUCCCAUCCUCCCUGGAUUUUCUAAUCUCAGUCCUUCAGGAGAGAGAGGCAGCGGCAGAAUAAGGGAGGGAAGGCAUUUGCUUGAGGGCAUUUGAAAGCUUGGCUUUUCCAAAAGAGGCUGCUCCUCAUCGUUGGACUACAUCUCCCAUCCUCCCCGGCUUUUCUAAUCUCAGUCCAUCAGGAGAGAGAGGCAGUGGCAGGAUAAGGGAGGGAAGGCAUUUGCUCGAGGGCAUUUCAGAGCCUGGCUUUUCUAAAAGAGGCUGCUCUUCAUCAUUGAAUUACAUCUCCCAUCCUCCCCAGCUUUUCUAAUCUCAGUCGAUCCGGAGAGAGAGGCAGAGGCAGGACAAGGGAGGGAAGGCAUUUGCUUGAGGACAUUUGAGAGCUUGGCUUCUCUAAAAGAGGCUGCUUCUCAUCAUUGGACUACAUCUCCCAUUCUCCCCAGCUUUUCUACUCUCAAUCCAUCAGGAGAGAGAGGCAACGGCAGGAUAAGGGAGGGAAGGCCUUUGCUUGAGCCUGGCUUUUCUAAAAGAGGCUGCUCCUCAUCGUUGGACUACAUCUCCCAUCCUCCCCAGCUUUUCUAAUCUCAGAGAGAGAGGCAGUGGUAGGAUAGUCUACUGUUACAUUGCAGGAUGUGUGACCGUACCUUGAUUUUCUAAACAAUGUUCUGUCCUAAGUUGACUUCACUAUCACAUCGUCCACCCUGGCUGGUGAACUGUGGGCCAGUGUGAGUACCCCCUCAACAAACUACAAUUCCCAGCAUCCCUGAUAGGUGCCUGGGCCCAUCUUGGUAGCCUGUCUAACUUGUAACCCAUGGAUCUACCAGACCCAGGAAGCAAACUUUGUUUGCUCCAGGCAACAAUCGGGUUGUGACUCACUUGUGCAUCACUUAUCUUCACCGCAUGAUUUCUGCAACUCAAGACAAUAUGUUUCACCUUCGGACACUGGGUGGGGACAGAAAAGGAAGCGGAAUCCCUCCCUGUACCGUAUAUUCAUCUGCCCCACAUUUCUUGGAUCCCCAUAGCACAGGUUGUCACUUGAGAAAAUACUUGGCAGCGUUUGUAUUUUUGCCGAGCACAACAGAUUGAAACCAAGAGUGAACAAGCAACAAUUGUUCUCUUUGUUUGUUUAUUUGUUUCCUUUCUAGGACAGGGAAAAAAAUGUGAAAUGUCUUCUUUCUGCUGCUCUCUCUCGGUGGCAAAUUGUCGAUAAUUAUUAUUUUUUUAAAGAAACCUUUGCGGGGAAUGGAAACGCAUUCCCCUGCAGACCCGAUUACACAGUUCGCCGCGAUCUCAUGUUUUCGGAGCGUCCCCUUUGCAGGGAAAAGUAGUAAAAAAGGCGGUGUAUGAUGUCAACAUCUCAACAUCUCUCUUCCCUCGCCCCCUUCCUUAAAUCCCUGAUUUUUGUGUUUUCACUUCAAACACGUUUGCAGUUAAAUGUGGCCGCCGUGUACAUAAUGUGUGUAAAAAAAAACCUAAAGAUUAUAACAGUAGCAAAACGAAAGCAAGUUGUCGAGCAGGAAGGGUUUUCCUGUCUAGGUGCGUGUGUCCCGUCCCCCCGUUCCCCAACUUCCUUUUUCUUUUCUUGUUUCGUUUGCUAAAACUGAUUGAAAUAAAACCUGUAUUUUUUAAGGAAGCGUUAAUGUCUCGUAUGAAGGACAGGCCUGUUGAAACGAGGGAAGGUUUUGGGAACCCUCAAGGCAAGGUUCGGUAGGAUAAAACCCUUCUCCAGACCCCACUUUGCUCAUAGAUCGCAAAAGCAAUGCUCACUCACUGGGUUCUUUGGCUAACGUCUUCUCUCUUGGGCAGCUUCGGGGUGUGCAUGUCCUGCAUUUCGACCUUCCUAGAAGGGGGGAAAAAGCAGCAUACCACAGGAGGAUGAGAAUACAAUUCUCUUUGUGUAUUUCUUCCAUCCUUGGCAUGUUUUAACUGCGUAGUCUCUUAGUCCCGCGGCACAAAAUGCCGCAACAGUUUGGCUUGUGUUGGGACGGCUGCAGAAGUGGGUAGCCGUUUUGAAAAACCCUUGUAAAUACAUUUGAUGUGCUUUUUAAAACGAAACUGUGAUUGUUUUAAAGGAAGAAGAAAAAAAGGAUUUGGAUAUAUUGUUGGCUUGUUUUCUUUUUCUUUCUUGUGCGGGGAGAAUGGGCUCGGGGGCUGGCAACAAAGCCCCGCAGCCCCACCUUGGAAUUGUACAUUAACACCUUUAAUAAAAGCACUAGUUUGACUGUUUUGAUAACAAACAUUUACCUUCUUGUAAAUAAGCCCUCUUUUGAGUGUGUGGUAGGUGUCCCGCGCAUUGGAAGUACGCCGGAAGAGCGGGAGACGCGGGUGUCGGAUGCCCACGGAAGGGAGGCCGCGACGGACGGCGGAUGCUCGAGUCAGACCCAUGUUUUUGAGGAGGUGUUGACUCAGGCAUAUAUUUUGGAAGGUAGCUUCGAAGUGGUACUUCUGUGUCCAAGGCAGAAUGCAAGCCACGCCGUAAACCUUCAAGGGUCCAUCCCUCUUCCCCUUCACAUUUUUUGUAUUGUAUACUAAUAAAGUGUUCUUGACUUGG